AACGGCAAUAGCAACAGGUCUCAAUUGAAUCAUUUGACAAAGAAGAUCGAGUCGCAAGGGCAUUUGAGGGAGACGUGUUGCGUUCAGAUUUAAGCUGUAGACAGAUUAGAAUCUACAUAAGUUGGAACAAUUAAAGAAUAUUGAUUUAUAUAUAUAUAUAUUUAAUAACAAAGAUUCAAUCAUGCCUUCUGAAGAAGAUCCGAGCAAUGGACGUAUGGCAAAUUUUAAAUUCACCAACAGACUUGAUGAAGCACGAAGAAGAAGAAACAUAGUAUCUAUAGAGCUACGUAAAGCCAAAAAAGAUGAACAAUUGUCAAAGCGACGUAAUCUCAACACAGAAGAGGAAGUGUUGAAUCUAUCGUGCGAAUCUAUUUCACCCAAUUUCUCAUCCAUAGAUGAUAUUGUAGCUGGAAUGAAUUCACCCGACGAAACGGUACAAUUGCAAGCAACACAAACUUGCAGGAAAUUGCUGAGUCGGGAGAAGCAUCCUCCGAUAGAAACUAUGAUAAAUUGUGGCAUAGUGCCACGUUGUGUCGAACUUUUAGAUUGUAACCACAAUGUCGCUUUACAGUUUGAAGCAGCAUGGGCAUUGACCAAUGUAGCUUCUGGUACAACCGAACAAACGCAGGUCGUUAUCAAGUAUGGUGCUGUGCCACGUUUAGUGAUGCUGCUGAAGUCUCCAUCGCCCAGUGUUGCUGAGCAAGCGGUAUGGGCUCUAGGAAAUAUAGCCGGGGAUGGGCCCAGUACACGUGAUCUUAUUCUCGGACACGACGCUAUGCCGCUGCUGCUCGAUUUAAUUAAACCAGAUACCUCCGUGUCAUUUAUGCGCAAUAUCGUUUGGACAUUGUCAAAUUUAUGUCGAAACAAGAAUCCACCUCCGCCAUUUGAGAUAGUCCAAACUGCUCUUCCAGCAUUGAAUCGUUUGCUUACCAGCACGGAUAAAGAUAUACUUGCCGAUGCUUGCUGGGCGCUCUCUUAUCUUACCGAUGGAUCAAACGACAAGAUACAAGUUGUAUUAGAUAGUGGCAUUGUAUCCAAGCUCGUGGAACUGCUUUCAUCUCAAGAAGGGACUGUUCUUACUCCGGCUUUACGUACGGUCGGAAAUAUAGUAACCGGUGAUGAUGCUCAGACCGAUUCAAUAAUCAUAGCGGGAGGUUUAACGCAUCUUGGUAACUUGUUGUGUCAUCCACGUAAGAAUAUUGUGAAAGAGGCCGCUUGGGCGAUCAGUAAUAUUACAGCUGGCAAUACGGAACAAAUUCAGCAUGUGAUAAGUGCUGGAAUAUUGACACCGUUGGUUCAAGUACUUAAAUCGGGAGACUUUAAGGCACAAAAGGAGGCUGCAUGGGCCGUAACCAACUUGACGUCAGGUGGAUCCAUUCAACAAUUAGCUGAUCUCGUACAAGCAGGUGUAUUGCCGCCUCUUUGUGACUUAUUGGUUACGAAAGAUUGGGAUACCAUUAUCGUUAUCCUAGACGGUCUGAAUAAUAUCUUGCAUGCUGCCGAGAAAUUGGGACAAGUCGAACAAAUCGCCAUCAUAGUAGAAGAAGCCGGAGGGUUAGAUAAAUUGGAAGCUCUUCAACAUCAUGAGAACGAGCGGAUUUACCAAAAGUCUAUGACUAUGAUCGACACAUUUUUCUCCGGGGAUGGUGAACAGGAGGAACUUGCUCCUGCGGCGAAUGAUGGACAGUUAGAAUUUAAAGCAUCGGAAGACACGUCGACAAACUUCAAGUUUUAGAGGCAUACAUCAUGCAUCAGGAAAGAAAGAUAUAUAUCGUAAGUGAAAGACUGUAAAUACGUACGAGACUUGAUUAUUUGAACGAUGUCAUAUUGUGUAAUCAUAUAUAGAGAUGAGAUUAUGAUUUACUGGGUGAAAGUAACCAAUCCAUUCAGCAAAAACUUAAAGUUAAAUAUAAGUUUUUAUCAUUGUAUCGUUUUGCAAAUGCCACUGUCAUUUGGCCAAUUAAUUAGAUAUUUUUUUUACUAAUUCUUUGAUUUUUUAUUAUCUUUCGAAACUCUUUACAUAUGACAGUCAUAAUCUUUAAACAUGUAUGCAAAAUCGCACUGUUAUUCAUAAAUUCAAUUUCUGAGUUUUUGGUACUUUAGUAUAUUUUUUUUUAGAGUAAUAAUAGCAUUUUGCACUAAGGAUAAUUGAACCUUAGCCUUUUCUGUAGCUUAAUCGAAAAAAUAAACAUUAUAGCUUAAUUCGUUUUACAUUCCCCUUUAUACACGAGGUCAUGUUAUAUAAAUAUUUCUCUCUCUCUCUCUCUCUCUCUCUCUCUCUCUCUCUCUCUCUCUUUCUCUCGAAUUCUCUUUAAAUUCGAUAUGUUUACACAAUUAUUUGAUCAUAUUUUAUCCAUUGAUAUAUAAAUUGUUUCAUAUAUGAAGAAGGGAUAUUGAUUACGAUAUGUUUCGAUAACAUCUGCAGAAAUGAAUGAACAGCUAUCUAUUAUCCGUUA